AUGUCGAGUCAGCACCUCCAGGCCGGCGACAGACAGCCGUUAUACCACGACCAUGAAGACGACUCAGCCAGCGACGAUGAUAGCAUACUAGAUGAUGAGCCGGAGGAGAGAGGUAGCUUCACCAAGAAGGAUGCUACCAGGCUCAUCGCCUUCGCUUCGGGUGUGCUCAGCACACUCUCAGCAGGAGGAAUAACGGCCUUCUCGCUCUACGGGCCUCUUCUCCUUACCCGUCUUCACUACACCCAGUUCCGCGUCAAUGUCAUCGCUGUCACGGCCGAGAUGGUCAUGUACCUGACCGCACCUAUGUUCGGAUACCUCUGCGACAGAAUGAGACCGUCCAUCGUCUCCUUCAUCUCGGCCGUGCUCUUCGGGUUUGGCUACGUGCUAGCAGCAUUCACAUACAAGUCCGGCCCACCGCCAGACUCGACGGAUGUCGGACCGGAUGCCCACUAUGGCUGGCCGUUUGGCGUCAUGGUUCUGGCGUAUGCGGUCAUCGGCUCGGCAACGGGAUGUAUGUACUUCUCCGCCGUGACAACGAGUGCAAAGAACUAUGCAGCUAGCAAACACAAGGGCAUUAUGCUUGCAGUCCCGAUAGCCGCGUUUGGGUUAAGUGGUAUCUGGCAUAGCUUGCUGGUCAAGUUCUUCGUAUAUCAAGGUGCUGACGGCACGGCAUACAAGGAUGGGACGGGCGUAGAUCUGAUACGCGGAGACGUGGACGUGUUCAAGUUCUUCGUCUUCUUGGCCAUUAUGACGUUUUCGGUUGGAAUCAUCGGUACCUUUGCGCUGAAUGUUGUCGACGAGGACAAGUUGAUCGAAGCCGGAGCCGAAGAACUGGAGAGAAGCGGACUGUUGUCCGAACGUGACAGCCACUAUGGAACGUUCCGAGCCGGCCAGGACGAUGUAUCCGGCGAAGUUGACCUGCUCCAGGACGACGAGGAGAAGAAGACAUGGCUACUCAACCAGGAGACGAAGCUCUUCCUCAACGAUAAAACCAUGUGGCUUCUCUCCAUCGGAUUCAUCCUGAUAUCCGGACCCGGAGAGGCCUACAUGAACAAUGUCGGCACUCUUACAAACACCCUAACACCUCCAUCAUCUCUACCAAACACCCCUCCGCCAGCAGGCGUGCCGUCUACUCAUGUAGCUCUAGUAGCACUGACAUCCACUCUUGCACGCCUGAUUACAGGAUCAUUGUCUGACUACUUCGCCCCUCGCCCGACUCAGGGAACUACCAAACAUGUCUCCUUCUCACGUCUUCUCUUCCUCAUUCCCUGCGCCCUUCUCGUAUCACUGGGCUAUUUACUCCUCUCUUCGCCCGUCCCACUUUCCUUCCCGCCCCUCCUACACUUAACCACAUCACUGGUCGGGUUUGGAUACGGUGCUUGCUUCUCCCUUGUACCCAUUAUAAUCUCCGUGGUCUGGGGAGUGGAGAACUUUGGAACCAACUGGGCUAUUGUCUCAAUGGUUCAGGCACCUGGCGCUGGUGUCUCAGGCGCCAUAUACUCUGCUGAGUAUGAUGCAGGUGUCGGCCCCGAUGGGCAGUGUUUCGGCUGGAAGUGUUAUGGAUACUGGGCUGUGGGGAGUGUGCUCGGAGUUUGGCUUGCCGUAGCGAUGUGGAUGGUCGCAUGGAGGGGGUGGAAGAGAAGAGGCAUUUCGGUUUGA